GAAUUUGGGUUACGAUGAUUUGUUUGUGCUGUGUCGAGUGGGCACUUAGUACAUUUACAUCAGCCGGAAAUUUUGUGGCGGUGGUAUUUUGGGAUUAUUUUGGGUAAGACUGGUCAACUCUUCACAAUUGCCAAACACAUGUGUUUUAGAACACUCCCUACUUGUUUAUUUUCUUUCUUGCGGAAAAGGGUGUUAGAGAAGGAAUGUGUUGAUCGAUUUUUGAUUUUUCCGAUACCCUUUAGUAAAAUUAGGUUAAGACUGUGGAUAAGGAUGGAUGGUGGAAAUAUUUUAAGAGUAUGGAUUAUGGGUAUUCUCAAAGCACAUAUUUUAAAGUAGUGUUUGCGGCAUGGAGAAUUUUCGUGAUAUCUGAAAAAAUAGGCUAACUCUUAAGAAUUAGGGAAUCCUUGUGGACAAGGAAGAAUCCAACCGCAUUCAUGCAUAAAAGUUUACAGUUGAGGGUUCAGUUCAUUCAGUUAUGAUGUAGCAUCAGUAACCCUAUGAUGGAGAAUUGUGCUUUCACCUCUUUCUGUGCUUCCACUUUGCACCUCGGUUAUCAAGGCGCGAUCUAGGCGUCAUGGCUGUUGUUACCUCUCACCAUUGUUGUUCGGCUCAACUGAAGAAGAGGCGGUGGCGUCCAACAUUGCCUAAGCGUCCACGGUUACAUGAAAUUUCCAUCCUGGAGUUCUUUGGCAAGUUUAUAGAUUAUAUCAGUACAGAUUUACAGUUUGUGAUCGACAAUAUUUCUGAAGAUUCAUUGGCUGUUGGUGUGACAUGGCAUUUGGAAUGGAAGGGAAGGCCUUUUCCAUUCAGCAAAGGAUGCAGCUUUUAUCAAUUGAGGGUAUUGAAUGGCAUUCGACAAAUAAUUUAUGCGCGAGAUAGUGUGGAACCUGCUUUUAAACCAGGAGAUUCAGCUUUUAUUGCUAUCAGAAGUGUCACAUGGAUGCUGCAGCAAUUCCCAAAGCUUGAAGAUUGGUUAUCAUGAAUGAUUGUGAAGAUUGUAAACACUGAACACAAGGUCUUUGGGAGAGUUGCAGUGAUGCUGCUGGACCACAAAUUCAAGUUGUAAUUUUAUUGAAAAGUGCUGAAUUGUUUUAAAGUUAACUGAAUUCAACUUAGAAGAAUGGACUCAUAGACAUUUUAAAUGACAUUAUUUCAGACAGAAUGAAGUAUCAUUAUGUUU